AUGCACAAGCCGUACAUGCGCAUUCCCUACACGGAAGCUCUAGCAGCCCCAACCGUCUUCCCGGAGAGCGCAACCACCCUACGCGGCGCUGUCGCAGCCCUACAGGAGUUCCUCACAGCCCCGGGCCCCUCGGCCAGGAGCAGCAGCACGUCUCGCGCGUCAACAGCCGUCCUCACAGGCGCCGGCAUCUCAGUCGCGAGCGGGCUGGCCGACUACCGGGGCUCCAAGGGCACGUACCGGGUGAACAAGUCGUACCGCCCCAUCUACUAUCAUGAGUUCCUGCAGAAUCACGAGGCGAGGAAGCGGUACUGGGCGAGGAGUUUCCUCGGCUGGACUACGCUCCAUGGCAUGCCGAACGCGGGUCACUUUGCCGUGAAGCGGCUCGGCGAAUCUGGCCUUGUUCAGAGUGUCAUUACGCAGAAUGUAGAUUCUUUCCACCCAAAGGCUCAUCCUGACCUCCCAACUAUCGAGUUACACGGCUAUCUGAGAUCUUGUGCCUGCACGUCCUGUCACCAAGAGUUGCCACGGGACGUCUUCCAAAACGAGUUGGCAAGACUGAACCCAGCCUGGGCAGCCUUUCUACAAGAGAUUCUGGCCUCUGGGGCUCUAGACACCGAGGACCCGGACGACCGUCGUGCCAGGGGGAUGAAGACGAAUCCAGACGGUGACGUUGACCUUCCUGACGCGCCCUACACAACGUUCCGCUAUCCGGCAUGUCCAAGUUGUCUCACAAGUCCACCCACAGUUGGGGAUUGCAGUCGUUCCACGGUGGAGAUUGACGCGGAUGGCGCAUGGAAUCCCACGAGCACAGCCGGAAUCUUGAAGCCCGCGGUCGUUAUGUUUGGGGAGAGCAUCCGGGGACCUGUUAAAGCUGCCGCAGAACACGCUAUUGAUAGUGCUGACAGGCUGCUCGUCUUGGGUACGUCUCUGGCAACUUAUUCAGCAUGGCGGUUGGCCAAACAGGCCAAGGAUCGGGGUUUGCCCAUCGCAAUUGUCAACCUGGGAGGAGUGAGGGGCGAUGAUGCACUCUCUGUCGAUCUCGGCCCAUCUCAAGGGGGUCGCGGAGGGGCCAGAAUAGAGAUGUCUACUGAUGAGCUGCUGCCAGCUCUUGUAGAGCAGUUGCGACAAUCAUCCAACUUUGGGGCAGUCCGCGAAUCUCAUGACCAUGCUGCGGAAGAGCAUGGAGCGUCGGUUUUCAAAGACAUGAUGUCUUAA